AUGGGCAAUAAAAAUACAAAACCGAAUGAAGCCACUAAUAUCUCCACCGAUCCUGAAGACGCAUCUAUAGCAUGGACAACGUUGUCGUCGGCUCCAGAACAGGUGUCAUUGGAUGGGAAUGAAUAUCGACUGGAAACUCAUAUAUGGCGCGAUUUUAUGCCGAUUUGUGAGGAAUCUGGUCGUCCGAUGAUAGCCAUAUUGCGUAUCAAAACCGUCGACUCAAGUCCAUUUCCAUCAGAUGUCAAGGUCGAUAUAGCAUGGAUCAUGUUUGGUAACGACAAUCAAGCUCAAAUUUGGGAGACACAUGUUAUAGAAGAGCAACCACGACAAUCUGACAUCAAUCAUAAUUAUAUCAGAGUCACUGCUCGAAAUGGCCCUAAAUGGGGACCGAACAGUAUAUCUGCUUCUAGCAUUGAUGAUUCAUUUGAUGAUAAAACAAAUAAUAAAGUUUUAACGUCAGAAAAUAAUAAGAAAACAACAAUUGAUAAUAGUUUUCAACAAAUCACUCAUGAUCUUAAUAUUGAUAGUUCAUUUGAUGAUAAAAUAAAUCACAAUAAUUUAUUAUCCACAAAUAACAAGACAAAUACAAUUGAUAGUAGCAUUGAACAUUUUACAAUUGAUCUAAAUAUUGAUACAUCAUUUAAUGAUAGAAUAAACAAUAAUGAAUCAAUACAAAUCAAUAAUAAAACGAUAACAUUCCAUUAUGAUAUUAAACAAGGUCCACAUGUUCUUAAUUUUGAUAAUUCAUUUAAUGAAAAAACGAACAAUGAUACGUUAAUUUCUACAAAUAAAAAAAAUUGCAAUUAA